UUGCUUUUUUUUUCUCACUUUUUUUUCGCAUUUCUCUCUCUCCCAUUCGUUUUGACCCUGCCUGUGUGCAUCUACUAGCUCCCUAGCACCUAUCAGCCGUGUGGAUUCUAUCUAUAUCUUUUCUACUACUUUCUCAUUACAACACAAUGGUAGUAUUCGUGGACCUAGACCAUGAUACAGACCUAGACCAUGAUAUACUCAGCAAGCAUCAGUUCCCGCCGGGUCCCGAUGCCUUGCCUCAUCUGUUCACAGAACCUGGGAAGUCGAUAUUGUCCAAACUGAUGACUGUCGAGUCUCCGCAGUCCCAAACCGACGCACCAUGCAACACUUCGCAGGAUAAUUUGGAAGCGAAGAUCGCAAAUCAAAAUGCCUUCUCAGCCGCUCUGGCCUGUUAUCCGAUCGCUAAAGAGAUCGCCCGAUCAGUGGAUCUAAACACCCUGCACGCCUUAUCGCUGACGUGCCGCCAAUUCCAUGAAAAUCUAGCCGAGAAUCGCUCUCAACUCAUCAAGCAAACCUUACGCUGCGAGAAUGAGUACAUUGAGACACUAUCAGACUUGCUACGCAGCGGUACCCCAAUCCCCAACAAGGUCAAGUCCGUGAUGCGGCUUGUGAACCACCAGGGCCGAAGCUCUGGGCGCUUAACUUCUGGCAAGGUUGCAAAAUGUGCCCGAGACAUGGUCGCGGAAUGCCGCCGAUGCUCUAAGGUGGUUUGUCGAAAUUGCACAGCCAAGCCUCUCAAUAGCAGUAUGUUUAAGAAUCGUAUCCGUCGUCUUUGCACCACCUGUCAGACAGCACCACUAGCCGAUCUUAUUGCCCUGCCUUCCUCAUCCCAGAACUCUAGUUUUACAACCGAAGCUUUUCAGCGUACACCUUGCUCGUGUGCAGAUUCCGUCUGGCUCUGUCAUCAAUGCAGAAUGGUUGUACGCAACCAGGACACAAUGUACCGCCGAGCAUGGACGUGGCGGACCAGAUACAGUACCUCCCUUGGUGGGCUAGGCACUGGAAUUGGCAAUUGCUGCCAGGGCAUCGAAUGCGGUCGUAAACAGGAUUGUUUAGCAGCGCAGGAGAUCGAGCGAGAAGUGGAAUGUGAAGCAGACGGGUAUUCCGGCAGUCCAUACGGAACGACAUAUGGUAAUACGGGCUUCCAUAACCACUCGAACGAUCACCGAGACAGCCGUAAAGAAGAAGAGCCUGGGUAUUUCAGGCAAGAGAUCAUCGGGAUCGGAGGCGCUGUCAAGCUUAAAGCAAAGAAGCGAGUCAUGAUAGGAGCCUGUGUAGGUGAGCACGAGGAAGACUCGGAUCAGUUCUUGGCUCGUGAAGAAGCGGAGCAACUCCGAAGCUGGUGUGGAUGGUGUUGGAGAGUCAUCCCAUCCAAAAGUGACCUUCAAUAGGCGGCCACAUGGCAGGCAUUCAAAUGCUAUCUGUUCGAUUCCCGUGAUGAUCAAAAAUCCCAUUUUGCCGAUGUCUUAUUUCUAGCCCAGAUACAGCUAGUAUUUGCUUAGCUGUACAGUUAUAUAGCGCAUUCAUCAGACUACUACUUGCUCAGUCUCCCUCUCGCUUGUACACCAUUCCAGGACCACCCUCUUCGGACAUUAUUCGGCUAUUCAUUAUUCGAUUAUUCUAUUAUUCUUCUAUCGCCGCUGUUUCAACCCCACAUGUUGACUUCGCCUUUCCUCCUGUAUCUUAGACAAACACCAAAACCUAUGCCGGAAAAUGUUGAUGUGAGUUAUGUUGAAUAUAUUGAGGUGCAAGCUUAGAUCUUCAGCCAACGAUGGUUUUUGGUCGAGUGGGAGAAGCGAAAAAAAAUUCCUCAAUAAUUAAUCGAUUAAUC